AUGGCGGCGGCGGCGGCGGCGGCGGUGACUCAGGCGAGCAGGAGGGAGCGGCAACAGGCGCAGGGCGACCCUAACGGGUGUGGGGCCUCGGAGCUCAGUGCAGGCUCCGGCGCAGGCCCGGGUCAGGCGCUGGGCAGCCGCGGUGUGUUCAGGCGUCGCUCGCUCACAUCCACAUCCGCAGCAGCCACCGCUUCCUCCUCCCUGCCCCUUCCCCCACGUCCCUCCACCGGCGCCGCGCGGAGCACGCCGGGUAACGCGCCUGGCGGCGUCGCCGAGUCAUCCCCGUCUGGCGCCGCUUUGAGCUCAGCCUACGUGCCUUUUCCUUUCCCGCUCCAUUGCCCAAAGUGUAGGCGAAGCCAGCGUGAAGGACUGAAACCAAAAUGGGGCGGGGUAGGAAGACUUCACUCCCUACCAUUUAGAGGCCUUGAAAACAUGGAUCAAGUCUUAAUCAUCGUUUAUACCAGAGGUCCGCCGCACCUGGGCCAUGGACCAGUACCAGUCUGUGCCUGUUAGAAACUGGGCUACACAGCAGGAAGUGAGUGACAGGCGAG